GCUUGCGUUGCGGAUGGGGCGUAAGGAGGACAGGCGGCAUUCUUGUGAGUUUGGGACUGUUGUUGUGUCAGCUGAUCCGGGAUCGGGACUGCUAUAUCCAUUCAUCCUGGAGCUCCUGCGCGAGAGGAUCAUCUUGGAGCUCAUGGGCACCAUUAAUAUGUACCCAAAACCAACGCUAUUACUCCAACGUGGAUAAAGGAAAAACGACUUAAUCAUGCGCACACACUCGUACCAAUGGAUACGCGUUCGACUCGCGCUGGAGAUGUCGGGGACACUUUGAUUUACUUGUCCGCAUCGUUUCUGAAAGUCUGCAACUGUUGUAGGAGUUAUUCCGCAGUUAGGAAGUACUUGAUUGUAGCCGUGGUGUGCUUUGGUUAUCUGUUUUUCACUGUUCAUGUUAGUCACACGUCCAAUCGUCAAGAUAAACGCCCGGAACUGUGGACUGGAAAUAGCGUUUAUUCUCGGAGUAAAACUAACCAGGGCCUCGCCGAUGGGGAGGUGAAUGAAUCCGUGAGCCCGACCAGAGUUAAUGUGGUGUAUAUAACGCUCAAAUCCAAGCGGCACAAACCGGCCAUCAUCAGGGGCACAGUGCGACCCAAACUCCGGAAAAAGAAAGUUAAAGUGAAACAGCAGGAUGGCGUACCGGACCGAGAAAAGAGCGAGAGGCAAAUCACAAACACCGCUGUCGGACGACUGCCAUAUUCUGAGUUUAAUGGCAGGGACGAUGAUUAUUCAUCCAUCAGGAUUUACAGUACAAGAGCUCCUCCGUGGUUCAGCAGUAAGGACAUCACCGCCAUGCGCUUUCUAGCGGAUAGCAAAAUUACGCAAAUUGACGAAGUUGCACAUCGCGGAUUUUCUUCUUUGAUUUUGUUUAAAAGUGCGACGAAUCGUAGCGACAAUGCCACCGAAUGUUGCGGUGUUGUCAAGCGACCCGUGGACAUGAGUGAAGUGUUCGCCUUUCAUCUGGACAGGAUCCUGGGACUGAACAGAACCUUGCCAGCUGUCAGCAGGAGAUUCCACUCUCUUGGAGAUGGACAGCCUUGUCCGGUGGUUUUGUGGGAUCCUUCUCUAGGCCCGGUAGCAGAUCAACCCUCUGAGAAACUGAACUGGGGCUCAUAUCAAACCUCUCUCAAACACAAGUGCUGGCAUCGUGGCGUCACACCCAAACCAGAGUGGGGCUGCAGCAGCAUACACCACCACGAAUGGAGCAAGCUUGUAGUCUUUGAUUUCCUCCUGCAGAUCUAUGAACGGCUUGAUAAAAACUGCUGUGGAUUCAAGCCCCGUCCAGAAGACACCUGUGUUGAGCUAGGUCACCAUGAGGAAUGUAAAAACAAGGACAGUAUAGAGCUAACACACAUAAUCCACCGCAGACAUGACCCACACCACCUGGUCUUCUUCAACAACAAGGGCUACUUCGACCGAGAUGAGGACAAUCUGGACUUCAGGCUACUAGAGGGCAUCAAAGAGCUACCGGAUCAGUGUGUGUUUGUGUUGAGGUCUCAGCGUCUCAGAGAAAAGCUCCUGCAAUCGCUGUUUCUGGACCAGCAGUACUGGGACAGUCAGGGCGGACGGCAAGGCAUUGAAAAACUCAUUGACGUAAUUGAGAGAAGAGCUAAAGUCUUGCUCACGUACAUCAAUGCCCAUGGGAUUAAAGUAGUACCUAUGAACUCUUGACAGACGAGGCUUCAGUUUUCAAUGUGUAAGACGAAUCACCAACCUUUCGAUUUCCAGUAAAGGCAUGAUAAAGUGAAACUCUUUCGGUCGCAACUCUCUGCAAUACAGAAAUGUGUGUGGUGUUGUAAGUAGUUUCCAGUUUAAGAUGGAGUUAAGGGGUCAUUUUUGCCAUUGACAUUCCUCAGGUUAAAGGUGCUGUAAGUGAUAGGAUCUGUUUCGUAACUUCCACCACACUUAGCCUUUUCAUUUGACCACCUCUGCUGUCAAAAAUCAUGUCCACUAGCAAGCCUAAAGUUGAGCAACACAAACGCUGUUUUUUUAUUUUUGUUUACACAACUAUUAGGUUCUCCAACAUGCAGUACAAUUCACAUUUUCCAUCUCUUUUUCCAUGUCCGUUUGAUUUUUUUCAAACAUUUUUAAGUAUAUCUUUCUUUGUGUUUGACAGAAGAACGAAACUCAAGCUUUGGAACGAGUAGAGGGUGAGUAAAUGAUGACAAAAUGUUCUUUUUGGCUGAACUAUCACUUUAACUGUCAUCCUUGGGGAAAACACAAUGUUGUGAGUCAGUUUUGCAAAGUCACUUAACCAGGUUUGGUUCAGGCAUUACAGAAUGACAAAAUUUGAGAUUAUUAGUUCAGUUAUCAAAUCUGUUGAGUGCAAUGAUAUUUUUCUAUUAUUAUUAUUUGAUCACUCGGAAACUAUCCAUCAUAGUUUUUGUCUUUUUGAAAAAAAAUGUAAUGCACAUCUUGACAUUUCCAUCCAGCUUUUUUUAUUUUUAUUUUAUUUUAUUUUUAUUUUUUAAUAUGUAUUUUGUCAAAUCCCAAAAUGUGCAUUCAAAAGAACAUUUUUACAGAGAGGGUGGCUCAAUAAACCCUUCACCUGACAGUUUGAUUGACAGGCCAUCCAGCCAAUCAAAAUACCAAUAUUCUGUGCCUCUGUCAAUUGACCCUUCGCUAAGCCCCGCCCUUCUUAGUUACUGUUGCUACGCCUGUCAAGCUUUCUGCCUGACAUGGCUUUUACAAUGUGUAUGCACUGGUGUCAGACAUUGCCAGGGAUAUAAUGUCAUUUUUGGCGAACAGGUGAGAUAUCUGAGAAAGCCAGACAAAAAAGGACUGCAGUAUGCGUUACAGGGGUAUAUUCACGACAUAAUAGGCAACCGAAUAGAGAAUAAUUCAAUCAAAAUUGAAGCUAGCUUAGCCUAGCCGCCUCAUACGCUAACCAUUCAACAGCUUAGUUCAUGCACAGCAGAAGAGGUGACAUUUAAAAAUAAUCUAACAACAACUAAUUAAACCGGGAUUUCUCUAUUUUUAGCCAGAAAGCCUGAUAGACUAUUGUUGUGCAAUGAAAUAUAGCGUUACUAACCGAUGAGGAAACACGCAUGGACAGAGCUUUUACAUAGUUUAUUCAUAGAAAGAGCAGCCAGAAAGGGGAAAUUGAUGGAUUUGUGUUGAAUAUUAGCAUCAUAACAAUGUACAGUUAGUUACCUAUUACUUGUCAGUAUGUUUGUGUGCUCUUUAUAAAUGACUGAAAAACAGCUGCUGGUAAAGUAUAUUGAUUGCAAGUGCUCAGUUUGUGAUCACAUCUCUGUUUUGUUCUGUUGAUUUGUAAUUUCAAAUAUUCGUAGCUCAAAACAGAUGGAAAUAUGAAGUUCAGUAAAGUUAGCAACAGAUUCGCAGUUUCGUAUUUUCCGGAUCAAUAACUCAUGCCAUUAUGACCUAUAAUGCCCAUAAUAUACCUCAUAAUAUUGAGCGGAAAAAAGAAAAAGACAGCUGGGAAACAUAACCUGCUUUGUAUUUUUUGUAGUAAACACGGUUUAGAUCUGUUUGGGGUAAGAGGUGUGUGAGUUAUUGCCAUCGGUCUAUCACUGAAUGUGUCAGGACUAUCAAAACAAAACCAACUUAACUCCGCUCCUUUAGCGCCACUCACACAGCUUGAUCCACGCUGGGAUUUCUCCUCUUGGGUUUUUGGUUUUGAAAAGGAAAAAAAUUCCACCAUCCCGCCCAAACUUUUAGGAUACCGGGUGUCAGAUUUGCACAAUCCAUAUGCACACAACAUUUUUUUUGUCCUGUUUCCCUUGCUCGAAAGCUUGACAGAGCCCCUGCACGUAGCUAAGCCACGAUUUUUGGAUGGCGGUUUUUGAGUGUGGCUUAGCGAAGGGUCAAUUUCAGGCAUUUUGUCCGACAGGCAUUUCAGUAGAGUAGCAUUGACAAUUAACAUAAAAAAGGUGUAAACGUGUUUGUAUGGGACUUGCAAUGCAUACAGUAGGUACCCAUAAAGGCUACUGGCCUUAAUGUGUAUCCGGAAGUGCGCUCGUUUUUGUGAUUGUUUUCGAACUUCCGAUUCAGUUUCCUAUGAGAGAAAUGACUAGGAAUAAUAAACACGGUCAAACUCUAAAAACAAGUGUGUUAUUAAACAUAAAUCUAUUCAUAAAAAGUAGAAUAAUACAAUAAUAAAAUAUACGUUUUUGACAUAUGCUGUAAAAAAUGCUGGAUUCUACACAAUCAAUUUGUGUUCAGGCUACAUGAAGGAAUUAAGUUAACUUAUUAGUUUUUUACAAAUUGAAGUG